GGCGGUGCGCACGGCGGGGGCGGGAGGACAGCCCUGCCGGCCUCCGAAACCACCCCGUGACUAGUCACACGUGCGUUUGCUGAAGGCGGCGCUUCGGAACCGCGGCCCCUGCGCCCCUCCCGCCCGACUGGCCGCCCGCGGGGAUUCGCGAGGACCCCACCCACUCCGUGCGCGGCCCGCGCUGAGCCAGGGAUCCUUCCAGAGUCAGCUUUCCCGAGGUGGCGUCUUCAAGGACCGGGCCCCACCUCUCCGCAGGUGCUUUGCUGGCCGGAGAAAAUGCCUAUCAGGACUUCCCUGGUGGCGCAGUGGUUAAGAAUCCGCCUGCCAAUGCAGGGGACACAGGUUCGAGCCCUGGUCCUGGAGGAUGCUACAUGCCACGGAGCAACUAAGCCCGUGAGCCACAACUACUGAGCCCACGCACCACAACUACUGAAGCCUGAGUGCCUAGACCCUGUGCUCUGCAACAAGAGAAGCCACAGCCAUGAGAAGCCCGCGCACCGCAACGAAGAGUAGCCCCGGCUCACCACAACUAGAGAAAGCCCACGUGCAGCAACAAAGACCCAACGCAGCCAAUAAGUGAACCUCUUCCCUCAGACGGCUCACUCCUCCAGGAGUCCCGCCAGACCCACCAGAGCGCCUAUUACCAACCACACCAGGACACGAACGGAUCGCCCGCUGCAGUCUCGGCCGCCUCGGGUGAGAGCGGCGGAGUCCCCGCCCCGCCACUUCCGGUCCCGCCGCCCGGAGCCGGUGCGGCUGUGAGGGGCUGCGUUUCGCCGCCGCCGGCCGGCCGGGCAUGGUGUUGGGCGCCGGGCCCGCCUCGCCUGUUUCGGGGUGCCCAGGAUAAAGGUAGCAGUGAUGCUGACACUGGCAAGCAAACUAAAGCGGGAUGAUGGUCUCAAAGGAUCCCGGGCGUCAGCCACGGCCUCCGACUCCACUCGGCGGGUUUCUGUGCGAGACAGGCUGCUUGUUAAAGAGGUUGCAGAACUUGAAGCUAAUUUACCUUGUACGUGUAAAGUGCAUUUUCCUGAUCCAAACAAGCUUCAUUGCUUUCAGCUAACUGUCACCCCAGAUGAGGGUUACUACCAGGGCGGAAAGUUUCAGUUUGAAACUGAAGUUCCAGACGCGUACAACAUGGUGCCUCCCAAAGUGAAAUGCUUGACCAGGGUCUGGCACCCCAACAUCACAGAGACGGGCGAGAUAUGUCUCAGUUUACUGAGAGAACAUUCGAUUGACGGCACCGGCUGGGCCCCUACGAGGACAUUGAAGGAUGUUGUUUGGGGAUUAAACUCUUUGUUUACUGAUCUUUUGAAUUUUGAUGAUCCACUGAAUAUUGAAGCUGCAGAACAUCAUUUGAGGGACAAGGAGGACUUUCGGAAUAAAGUUGAAGACUACAUUAAGCGCUACGCCAGAUGAUAGGAGGAGAGGACUGCGGGGCUGGGAACCAUGCGUUAGAAGUUGGUCUCCAGCUGAAACGAGAAGGGAGCCUCCUCCCCAGUCCUUGGCUCCCCUCAGUCCCGCUGGGCCGUCCGAGGCCUGUGACCACGUUGUCCUGAGGAAGAACCUCUUCACAACUGCCCAUCGUAGACGGAGGGUUCCACAUAAAUACAGCCAGAAAAUGUGCUUGGGGUUCUAAAGAGUUGUCUGCUUCCCUUAACAUGUUUACCUUUUUGAAACUGUACUGUAUAGGCUGUUGAUGGGAUUCUCAAGAAGUUGUCAUGAACCCAGCAUCGAGGCUAGCGCUUGCUUCCCCCUCCCCCACAGUCAGUCCCCGCACAGGUGAUGCUAAUGACGUGCUCAGUGUAGCUCGCAGAUUGGCCAUCAGAAACCCGCUGCAAACUGUGAUCGGAUGCGAAUUCUCUUAGUUCCUUCCACGAAUGUUGGCCCUGCCUAGAUGUCGUGAAGCUUCCCAGAAUGCAUAGUCAUUCACUGUAGAUCUCUUACUGAAAUGCGUAUUUUAUUUAAUGUAAGUAUAUUUUGGAACAGAUUUGUAAUUUGUACGAUUUAAUGCUUUAAUUAUUUUUUUCUAUUCUCAUUUAGUUUGUAUUUUCAUUGUAUAGAGCAGACAGAAAGAUGUUGGGUCAAGCAACUAUUGAAGAGAAAUACAAAGAAAAUAUGAAA